ACACACACACACACACACACAUAUCCUCUCACAUACACACUCACAGCUGUUGAUACCUCUCUCUCUGAUGAGCGCCGGGGCAGCCGAGGAGCAGAGCCCGUAGGAAUCUGGGAGAAUCUGCUGGCAGCUCGACCGAAGAGCAUCUAUGUGGAAAAUCUGGACGAAGUGACUCGACUGGUUUUCUGAUCGCAGCCUGGCUCCUCGCCGUUCGUAUCCCGCGCUCUUUCUCUCUCUCUCUCGUCUUUCCCGGCUCUUCUCUGGGACUCAGUGUUGGGAUUUUUGCGCAGACAGCGAGCAACAGAGGGAACAUAGAGACAUGUGUUUUGCCUCAGCCGCCUGCCACUAUUGCCUGUUCUCUCCCAUUCACUGACUAAAGAGGAAGUACAAGGUGAGAGUCAGAGCGGCAGCCAUAGAGCGAACCAGUGAGGUGAAGCAGGCAUGAGUGUGGACAGCCAUCAGGGGGUGGUGACAACCCCUCCCCCGCCCAGUGGAGGGACUAAGGAGCGCUACUUUGACCGGGUCGACGUCAACGAUCCGGAGUACAUCAGGGCCAGGAACAUGUCACCUGACCUCCGGCAGGACUUCAAUGUUCUGGAGCAGAAGAAGCGGGUCACACAGAUCUUACAGAGCCCAGCCUUCAAGGAGGAGUUGGAGAGUCUGAUCCAGGAGCAGCAGCGGAAGGGGAACAACCCCACUGGCCUGUUGGCCCUCAGACAGAUCGCUGACUUCUUCAUGGCCAGCUCAGUGGCCGGCUUCAGCACCUCCCCCCUCAGUCUGGGGAUGGUCACUCCCAUCAACGACAUGUACGGAGUGGAAUCCACCACGAUGGUGAAAGGCGAGAAGCUGACGCGCUGCAAACUGGCCAGCCUCUACAGACUGGUGGACCUGUUCAGCUGGGCCCACUUCGCCAACUCCUACAUCACAGGUCGAGUCAGUAAGGAGCAAGACCACAUCCUUAUCAUCCCCAGAGGACUGUCAUUCGCUGAGGCAUCUGCAUCAAACCUGGUGAAGGUCAACAUCAUCGGCGAUGUGAUCGAACAGGGCUCCACCAACCUGAGGAUGGACCCCACGGGUUUCAGCCCCCAUGCUGCCAUCUACUCCAUGCGUCCAGACAUCCGCUGUGUCAUACACGUGCACACUCCUGCCACGGCUGCUGUGUCAUCGAUGAAGUGUGGCAUCCUGCCCAUUUCCCAGGAAGCAUUGAUCCUGGGCGACGUCGCCUACUACAACUACCAGGGCAGCCUGGACGACCAGGAGGAGCGCAGAGAGCUGCAGAAGGCCCUGGGGCCUACGACGAAGGUUUUGGUGCUGAGGAAUCACGGUGUGGUUGCUCUCGGGGAGACCAUUGAAGAGGCCUUUCACUACAUCUACAAUGCCCAGUAUGCCUGCGAAAUCCAGGUGAAUGCCAUCUCAUGUGCCGGCGGCGUGGACAACCUGAUAGUGCUGGACCAGGAGAAGUACAAAACGCGAGUGCACGCCUUGGCCGCGGCGAGCGCUGUCAACAUGGCCAGUACAAGCCAGUACAAGUGGAAGCUUGGCGAGCUGGAGUUUGAGUCUCUGAUGCGGAUGCUGGACAACCUGGGCUACAGGACAGGUUACGCCUACAGGCACCCCAUCGUGCGAGAGAAGCCGCGGCACAAGAGCGAAGUGGAGAUCCCCGCCACGGUCACGGCAUUCACGUUCGCCGAGGAUGUGGACGGAAGCGCCACGCGGCUGCCCUUCAAGUUCCUGCAGCAGCGGCAGCAGAGGGAGAAGACGCGCUGGCUCAACUCGCCCAACAGCUACACCAAGGUCAGCGUGGAGGGCGGAGAGGAGCGCUACAACAGCCGGACAACCACGUGGAUGAAGGCGGAGGAGACGGGAACCCCGAUCCGCAUCGAGGACCCCAAUCAGUUUGUCCCUCUCAACACAGACCCCAGUGAGGUGCUGCAGAAGAGGAACAAAAUCAGAGAGCAGAACCGGUUCGAUGUGAUGACAUCAGGGCCGCGCUCUCAGCACCUUGCAGGCAUCCCCGAUGAUGCACCACGACGGCCAUACGUGCCCACAGAGGAGGAGCAGAUGGCUCCCCUGCCUCCCAACCCCUUCAGUGAGCUGUCAGAGCAGGACAUGGAGGAGUACCACAAGAACGUGCAGAGGAGGCAACUGGGCCUCAGCGAUGGAGAGCACGAGCUAACCUCCGACGACGGCUCCACUCUCUCUCAGUCUCUGUCUCUCACCCAGUCCCCGCAAAGCACUCCAGCUAAAGAAGAGAACCACACCGGCCUGAUGAACGGCAAAGACAACCACGGCGACGUGGACGAGGAGCUGUCGAAGCGCGUCAGCCAGCUGACCACCAGCGUGGAGAGCGUGGAGAUCACGGUGCGCUCCGGCGAGAAGAUCGAGGAGGCGCUGUCCCCCGAGAGCUCGCCCUCCAAGUCGCCCAACACCAAGAAGAAGAAGAAGUUCCGCACCCCGUCCUUCCUGAAGAAGAACAAGAAGAAAGAGAAGACGGAGGCCUGAGAGCAGAGAGGCAGCAGGGGGAAGGCAGGCGGGGAGAGCGUCUGCGCAGAAGAAGAAAGAGGGGCGUCAGCCACCUUCUCUGUUUAAUGUCUGUGUUUUUAUUUUGUCUGUUUUCAAAGCCCUUUUUUGUUGUUAAUUUUAAUUUUUUAACAAAAGGUUUUAUGUGCAAAAGGCAGAAGGAUGGAUUACAUAAAAAGUGAAUUGGUUUGUAACUCAAAAGAAAGGUCUCUCCAUACACAGCAAGGUGUUUGUAUGUGGGUCCACAAAUUGAAGUGGGGUGACAUGGGUGAAUGUCCACACACCUAAUCACCUGCGCAGUGCUCUGACAGGGCUCCUUAGAAGCUGUUAAGUGUCAUCUGAGGCCAUUUAGAUCCUGAAUAACUGGCUCCUCCUGUGUUGUUUCCCAGGCUGAAAACAGAACUUGAAACCACCUCGAGCGUUUGUUCUCAAAAUCCAGUUUGAUUAAAUGAUUGGAUUGCGACACGAGGGCUGCAAAACUGCACACGUCGAAAGUAAAUCUUUUCCGUCAUGAUUCCUGCGGUCGUUUGAGGGUUUGUUUUUUACAUUCUGGUCACCUGACUCUGCUUAGGGAACUGAGAGGCCGCAUGAAAUUUGAAGUCACACUGGAAAACUGGUCUCGGGAAAGCAGCCACAGGGUCUGUGUUGAUAUAUUUGCUGUGAGGGGAGUUUCCUCUCUGCCUCUCACACCCUUCAGGCUUCUUUAAGUGCAGGCUUCUGAUACAAACCUUCUCUUCAGCUGAUUGUGGUUGGACUGCAGUUGAGUAAAGGGUCACUAGACUGGAAGAGAUAGUGAGGAUGAAGGCUGGCGGUCUAUCACGACUAAGCUGAAAUGAUCUCAAAGAGCCGCUGACUCACUAUUUAUGUAGCAUUUUCACAUCUUCUCCUCUUCAUCUCAGUGGUUUUGGGGUUUUUUUGCCAAACUAAAUGCAAGAAAAGACAAAACAAUCUCAUUUUAGUAAAGCGUCGCUGUUUGUGUCUCGUUUGUCAUCUCAUGAAAUUUGAUCUUUUUUUUUAUUGAACACAAAUUUGGUAUUAGUCAACUCUGUUUUGUACUCAUUUCUAAGCUUUUGCAGAGAAUACAGAUGUUACGCAUGUUUUCUCUUUUUGCAAGAACUGAAUUUCUAUGGCUGACUAUGUUCUGUAGUGAUGCCUGAUUGCUCAAAUUAUAUUCUAAUCUUCAGAGUACACAAAUUUACUAUAUAACACAGAUAUAUGAAAACUGGAUAUGUUGGCUAUAGAUUUUUAACUAUAUAUUUUUUAUUUUAUUGUGCUGCACUUUCCUUGUGGUAUAUAACACAUUUUAGUUGCAGGUGGUUUCACCAGUGAAGGAGAUUGUGAAGUAUUUGGUUAAAAGUUGUGCAAGUAGCAAGCAAGGCAUGGUGUCGGAGAAAGGUCGGGACCUAGAAAGUGAGUCGGAUGACGAAAGAGAGGAUAGUCUUUCAUUGGUGUCACGCAUGGGAAACGAUCUCUACUUCUCAACUCAACAAACAUUGAAAAGUAAAAAAAAAAACAGGAAGUGUAG